AUGAUGCACUUACCAUUAUAUUCGGUGACAGCUGUCGGAGUUACUCCCCUCUCCUUCCUCACUCAUCUCUUGCCCUUGCCUCUUCCCUGCCUUCUGUCCUCACCUUCUUCCCUUCCUUCUUAUUCUGGCCUUUCCCCACCUUGUGCUGUCCCCACUCCUGCUUCCCUCCCCGUCUUCCCUCCCCUCCUCACCGCUCCCUGUUUCUCGCCCUUCCCUUCCGCUUCUGCUGCUGCUGGUACACACGCCCUGGCCCCCGCCUUUUCGUCCCUCUCCUCUAUUUCUGCUGCUGCGAGUACACCCACUCCUGCCCCCACCUGCUCGUCCUUCUCCUCUGCUUCUACUGCUGCUAGUACGCACGCCCAGGUCCCCUCUUUCUCAUCCUUCUCUUCCCCUUCUGCCACUGCCCAUGCCCUCACCUUCUCGUUCUUCUCUUCCCCUUCUUCCACUGCCCAUGCCCUCACCUUCGUCGCUUGCUCCCUUCCUCCGUCCCUGCCCCCACUGCGCAGCCCCAUGGCUUCACUGCUACGCAGCACCGCAUAG